AUGGCCUCCACAAACAGCACAUAUCUAGAUUCGAACUCACAUCUCAAUCCCGUCGAUGGAUAUCGGAAAAAGAUUGCUGAGGAUCUUGCCCCAAUAACCGGGAAACCUGCAGCGGAAAUAUUUGAGCGACUAGCAUGGACACAGACGUUAGACAAAGGAGACUUGACUUUAGCAGUUCCAGCCCUACGAAUUCAAGGCAAGAAGCCGAACGAGCAGGCCCAAGAAUUUGGCGCUCAAUACCCUGAAAGCUCAUUGAUUGAGAAGCCCACAGUGGCUGGCAGCUUUAUACAAUUUUUUUUCAAGCCUCAGCCGCUCGCGCAACAUAUCAUUCCUCUGAUACUGAAAGAGAAACAACACUAUGGCAAGAAUUAUUCUCUGGGGUUGCGGGACCCUAAGGAUCCUUCAAGUGGCCAGAAGACUGUCAUAGUGGAAUUCUCCUCACCGAAUAUAGCAAAACCCUUCCAUGCGGGUCAUCUACGAAGUACGAUAAUCGGCGGUUUCUUAGCGAACCUUUACGAGGCUGCAGGAUGGAAGGUCAUACGGAUGAAUUACCUGGGCGAUUGGGGUCGGCAAUUUGGUCUACUAGCAAAUGCGUAUCAAAUGUAUGGCGACAAAGAGAAGCUCAAAACGGAUCCUAUCGGCCAUCUCUUUGACAUUUACGUACAGAUCAACAAAGUCACCGGUCCCGAAGAGGAUCUUAUAAAAGAGAAGAAGGAGCAACUGAAGCAGCUUGAGGAGCGGAAAGAGAACACGGAAGCAUUAGAGGCCGACAUAGCUGCUCUCGUAGCCAAGAGCGAGAAUGAAAAGGCUCGCCAAUACUUCAAGCGCCUGGAGGGUGGGGAUGAAGAAGCCAGGAAACAAUGGCGCGAAUUUCGGGACUUGAGUAUUGCGAAGUACGAGAAAACGUAUGCUCGACUGAACAUCCACUAUGAUGUCUAUUCGGGUGAAUCCCAAGUAGAAAUGUGGAGGAUGGACCGAGCAGUCGAAGAGCUUGAGAAAAGCGGAUUAUCUGAGGAAUCAAAAGGUGCAAUCAUCGUCGAUUUGACCAAGUCAAAAGACAAGAAUAUCAAGAAGCUGGGUAAAGCAUUGGUGAAGAAGAGCGAUGGAUCAUCCUUGUACCUCACUCGUGAUCUUGGUGAGGCUGUGAAACGCCACGAGUUAUACAACUUUGAUAAGAUGAUAUAUGUUGUGUCAUCCCAGCAGGAUGUGCAUGUUACACAGCUAUUCAAGAUUCUUGAAUUGAUGGGCCGGAACGAGGUAUCUGACAAAUGCGUAUUCGUCAAUUUUGGCAUGGUCUUGGGCAUGAGUACUCGCAGGGGCACCGUGAAAUUUUUGGAUGACAUCCUUCGUGAUGUUGGCGAAAACAUGCACGAUGUUAUGAAACGAAAUGAGAAGAAGUACGAACAGGUCGAGAAUCCCAAAGAGACCGCCGAUACCUUGGGAAUCUCGGCGGUCAUGGUACAAGACAUGAGCGGUAAACGAAUCAAUAACUACGAUUUCUCGCUUGAGCGAAUGUGCUCGUUUGAAGGCGACACUGGGCCGUACCUGCAAUACGCGCAUGCUCGUCUUUGCUCGAUUACUCGGAAAGCACAAUUAUCCGCAGCAGAUCUUGCGUCGGCAGAUUUGACUCUGCUCAAGGAAAGUCAUGCAAUCAAUCUCAUCCGGGUCUUGGCGACAUGGCCGGAUCAGCUCCAACAGGCCUUGAAGACCCUCGAACCCACAACGGUGCUCAAUUACUUGUUUAAGAUGACGCACAUGCUCAGCUCAAGCUAUGAUCACCUACAAGUUGUUGGCAGUGAGUUUGAGCUACAAAAGGCAAGGAUGGCCUUGUAUGAAGCCGCUAGACAAGUGCUGAACAAUGGUAUGAGGUUACUUGGUUUGAACCCAGUGGAGAGGUAG